GUGCCCGGAGCCGGCCGUGCCCGCUCGGUCCCGGGGGCGGUGCCGGGCCCGCGGGCGGGCGGGGGCCGGAGCGCGGGCGGCCCCCCCAGCAGGGAGCGAUCCUUGGACCCGGGGCUGUAACGUGCCGAGCCGAGCCGAGCCAUGGCGGUGCCGGGGCAGAACGUGGCCGUGGUGGUUCACCGAGCCGGGGACCUGCGCCUGGAAAACCGUCCAAUCCCAGAACCAGGCCCUAAUGAGGUGCUGCUGCGCAUGCAUUCCGUGGGGAUCUGCGGCUCUGAUGUUCACUACUGGCAGCACGGCCGCAUCGGGGAUUUUGUUGUCAAGGAUCCCAUGGUGCUGGGACACGAAGCUUCCGGGACUGUCGUGAAAGUGGGCUCUGGGGUGACUCAUCUGAAACCAGGUGACCGUGUGGCCAUCGAGCCGGGCGUGCCGAGGGAGAUGGAUGAAUUCUGCAAAUCUGGGCGCUACAACCUGUCCCCAACCAUCUUCUUCUGCGCCACGCCGCCCGACGACGGCAACCUGUGCCGCUACUACAAGCACAGCGCGAGCUACUGCUACAAGCUCCCAGACAAUGUCACCUUUGAGGAAGGAGCCCUCAUCGAGCCCCUCUCAGUGGGAAUCCACGCCUGCAAAAGAGCAGGAGUCACUCUGGGGAGCAAAGUCUUCGUGUCUGGCUCUGGACCAAUCGGCCUCGUCAAUGUGAUUGUUGCUAAGAUGAUGGGUGCAGCAGCUGUGGUAGUUACAGACUUAUCUGCCUCUCGCCUGCAGAAAGCCAAGGAGGUAGGGGCAGAUUUCACCAUCCAGCUGCAGAAAGAGACCCCUCAGGAGGUGGCCUCCAAGGUGGAAAGUGUGCUUGGCUGCAUGCCUGAGAUAACUGUGGAGUGCACAGGAGUGCAAGCCUGUAUCCAGGCUGGAAUUUAUGCCACUCGUUCUGGUGGGACCCUGGUUCUGGUGGGGCUGGGCCCUGAGAUGGUGACGGUGCCCAUCGUGAACGCGGCCGUGCGGGAGGUGGACAUCCGCGGCAUAUUCCGCUACUGCAACACGUGGCCUGUGGCCAUCUCUCUUCUGGCAUCCAAGCGGAUCAACGUCAAGCCCUUGGUCACGCACCGCUUUCCCCUGGAGAAGGCUCUGGAGGCCUUUGAGACCACCAAGAGGGGUGAGGGGGUCAAAGUCAUGCUGAAGUGUGACCCCACUGAUCAGAACCCCUGAGCUGUCCCAGUGCCCAGCCCUCAUCCCUGCUGCUUGUAACUAGAAAAUCACAUGUAAUGAGGGUGAAUGGUACUGGGAGACACCGUUAGAGCACUAACAGGUUACUACAAAUGGACAACCAAUAGUUUGAAUCAAAAUGCUGAAUUAGAGGUGAUGGGUUGCAGUUGGUGGCUCUUCUUCACAGACCACAGAGCCUGGCCAGGUUCCUCCAUGCCAAGGAGGAGCUGGCAUGUGGCACAGCAAGGGUGGAGGUGCUGGCACUCCUCCCUUCCUGUCCUGCACUGCCCUGGCUGCAGCAUUUCCUGCAUGGCAAUCCCUGGAUGCAAGAUAACCCUAUGUGAACAGCCCCCCUUCCCUCAUGGGUGCUCAGGGACUGGACAGCCUGUGGAACAAAGCCUGGCCCUCCCCACUGCACGGGAAGCACUGGCACAUUCAGGUCAUUCUCUCCAUGCCCUUCUCAGAGCUCAGAACUGGGGUUUUGGGAAAUUGGAGGCCAGCUGGGACCAUGUCUGCUGUGUCACCCCAGCAGCUCCUCGUGGGACCACUGCAGGCAGGGAAACUGGGAGUGCUGAGAGCCCUGUCCUCAUGUGCCUCCCAUGAAGGGGCUGUUGGGGGGCACAGCUGCUUUUCACAUGGAAAGGAGCACAGAUGAGACAUGACAGGACAGCAUCUCUCAAAGGUUUUACCACUGCUUUGAGUGAGCGUCACUCAAGGGUUUUACCACUGCAAACAUAUCAUAAUUAUUUGGGAAUAUCAAGCCUUCCUGCUGAGUUUGUGAGCCACAAACAAGGUACUAAUGAGGUAGAAAAAUUCUAAUCUUUGAUUACAGUCAUGUUAAUUUUAGUACUGAGAGAUCAGUUCCUUGCUUGGUACUGAAUUUUGCUCAAUAAAUUCUGGCUGCCUGA